GUCACGCGGAUUCUGUUAUAAAAUGCACACCCGCGGUCGCUGAGGCGUUUGUGCGGCGGCGGCUGGCGGCGGCGGCGGCGACUUGGGAGCGAGGGAGGCAGGCAGACGCAGCCAGAGAUGUUUUACUCCGGGCUCCUCACGGAGCCAACUCGGAAGGACGUAGACCUGAGGGAAGCGGCCUCUCUUCGGCAGCAGAGGCGAAUGAAGCAGGCUGUCCAGUUUAACCACAAGGACUCUGCUGACCUGCUCCCAUUAGAUGGACUGAAGAAACUGGGAACUUCGAAAGAUACUCAACCACACAACAUCCUGCAGAGACGUUUGAUGGAAACAAACAUGUCAAGAUUGCGCCACAACCGAGGGACAAACUCUCAGAAAAAUGAUCUUUCAGUCCAGACAAAUAAACUGAAUCAGAUGAAACUGGACAGCCCCAAGAAAACAGAUCAAGAUGAGCUCCUCCUGAUACACGGCCAGUGUGCUGGGAAAGAGCUGCAAAUUGUGGUUGAUACUGGAUGUCAGCACAACUUCAUAUCAUCUGCAUGUUUGGAGAGAUUAGGGCUAAGGGAGUAUAUUAAAUCCUACAAGUCUGAAGCUGAGAGGAUUUCAUUGCCCCACAAUAUGAAAGUGAUUGGCCACAUAGAACAUCUGCCUCUUACAAUGGGGACUAUCCACGUGGACUGUUCUGCAGUUGUUACAGAUGACAAUGAGAAACCCUUCUCUCUGGGGCUGCAGAUGUUGAAAUCUUUGAAGUGUGUGAUAAAUAUGGAGAAACAUCAUCUGGUUCUGGGGAAGGUAAACAGGGAAGAGAUCCCUUUUGUCAGUAACAUCUCUGCGCACGAAGAGAACUUCCAGGGUCAUGUCUAUGCAGGCACAGACAUCCGAAGUGUGGAGGAUAAUGGAACAUUAUCCUGCUGGCGCAGAAGCCCAUACGUGAGGAACAGAGACUACGCAGAAGAACUACUGUUACAGGGAAGCAACCUGACUUUCCUUGCCAUUCAAGGUAUUCUCCCUGAGUUUCUGCCAAUAGUUUCGCUGAAGAUGUUACACGAUGCCUAAUAGCUAUGAUUAACCCUGAGCUUCUUUGCUGUAUCAUAGAUGAUGCGUUUCUAAACAUACACAUUUAAUUAAGUGCUUUGCUGGAGAGGAGCUUCAGUAGACUUGGGUCUAUCUUUGUGUGUCUGCUGAGUGCUUGUCAAUUCAAUAAGGUGUAAUGAACAUUUUCAAUGCAAUGCAUCCCUCAUAAAAUUCAGCUGGUAGAAUUUGUACUAAAUAUGCACCUAUACUUUGAAGAGCCAUAAUUAAAAUCAAAGGAAGGGGGCACCAAUUUAAAAGGACGCAGGACCAAAGCCUAUGGAGUGGCAGCAAUAUCAGUGAUUUGAUAUUUGUUAAUUCUGAUAGUGAUCACAAAGAACAUGUUACAGCUAUAAUAUAUUUAUUAUUCUUGAAAAUGUAACUGUAUCUUAAUAAUUUGUGUUUUAGCUUUUUGCAAUGCAUUUGAUAACAUCCACUUUUUAAAGCACUGGUUAUUAUAUUGCUUAGAAAUCUGCAUCUGCAGUACAAGUGUUUGGAAAUUUAUUCUGUGUAUCAUUACCUUCCUGAAAGUUAAAGAAUUUAUAUAUCUAUAUUUUAAAAAAAUUGCACAGUGUGUAAACCUGCCAACUUGUAGUAGAAAUAUAUGGAAUAUAUUUGUCUGAUAUGCCACUCAUGUGGUAUUUGGCUAAUUUACUGAGUGUAUUACUGUGAUAACCAUGAAAAUAAAGAAUAAUAAUGCUCAA